AUGGGCAAGACAGAGAUGGUGGAGGAUGUUUUGGAUAUUAUUGACGCUAUCGAACAUCCAAUCAACAAAACAUUGAAGGUGUUGGCAAACAUAUGUGCUUAUGCUGGUACUGGUAAUGUUUUGCAAAUCCAAUCAUUGUUGCAAAUGUGCUCAGCAAAACCUAAGAGUGACGUUGAGGAAGAGAAGAAGUUAGCAGAAAGCGAAGAAGAUCAAAAGAAGAGAGAUGGUGGAGAUACAGAAGCUGCUUCGGCACAAGGAGAAGCUUCGGCAACAGGAGAUGAAGAUAUGGAAGAUGCCACUACAACGACGACUGAAGUCAAAGAGGAGGAGAAAGAAAAAUCUGAAGAUGAAGAUGAAGAUGAGGAAGAAGAUAUCUAUCAGGGCUUUGCUGUGUUGGGUCUCGCUUGUAUUGCUAUGGGUGAGGAUAUUGGUCAAGAUAUGGUCUUGCGUCAUUUCUCCCAUUUGAUGCAUUAUGGUAAUCCUUUGAUCCGCAGAACUGUUCCCUUGGCAAUGGGUUUAGUCUCAGCUUCUUAUCCACAAAUGAAGGUGUUUGACACGCUCUCUCGUUAUUCACAUGAUCCAGAUUUGGAAGUGUCACAAAAUGCAAUUUAUGCGAUGGGAUUGGUUGGUGCUGGUACCAACAAUGCGAGAUUGGCUCAAUUAUUGAGACAGUUGGCUCAGUACUACUCUAAGUCGCCUGACUCCUUGUUUAUGGUGAGAAUUGCCCAAGGUAUAUUGUAUUUGGGUAAAGGUACAUUGUCUUUAACUCCGUUUAACAGCGAAAGGUCCAUUUUAAACAAGGUUUCUUUGGCUGCGUUAUUGACUGUGUCAGUUUCUUUGCUAGAUCCAAAAUCCUUCAUUUUGAGUGACUCUACUACUGAAACAUCCCACCAAAUGUUGUACUACUUGACACCCGCAAUCAAACCUAGAAUGUUGAUCACUGUUGAUGAAGAUUUAAAUCCUAUCAAAGUGAAUGUUAGAGUUGGUCAAGCUGUUGACGUGGUUGGCCAAGCAGGUAAACCAAAGACAAUCACUGGUUGGGUGACGCAAGCCACACCGGUGUUGUUAAGCUAUGGUGAAAGAGCAGAGUUGGAGAAUAACGAAGAAUGGAUCAGUCUUUCGCAUACUUUGGAAGGCAUUGUCAUCUUGAAGAAAGCUCCAGAGUCUACCGAAGGCGAAAAUUGA